CCAGCUCUGCAGGUGAAGGUGACUUAUUCAAGUUGGAAAAAAUCGGUGACAAUUACCUGUAUCACCACCUGUACUCUGACUGACAACCCCACCUACAUCUGGUAUAAGAACGGACAACAUCUAGAUGAGAGAAUCUCCCCCCAGUACAAAUACUCAGUCUCCAGUAACUAUGAAGACAGCUACUCCUGUGCUGUAAAAGGCCAUGAGGAUCUCCGCGCUCCUGCAGUUUGUGUUCAGGGUCAGAGCUGCAGCAGAGUGACUUACACCAAGAGGAGAAUCUGUCUCUUGAAGGGGUCAACAGUGGACAUAUCCUGUACUGUUGGUUAUUAUUACACCACAUCAUCAUUCUGGUUUAGAAGUGAUAAGUCGACCCCUGAAGACAUAACCACAGACCCAGGGUAUGCAGCUCGUGUGGAAUACACUGGAACAUACAGAGGUCCCUUCACCCUGAGAAUCACAGAUCUGAGAGAGGAGGACUCAGCUGAGUAUCGCUUCACUUUUAAAACAAACAACUUUGACUGGGGUCAUAGUUUCCCAGGAACAACUCUGUCUGUCACAGGUCUGCAGGUGAAGGUGACUCCUGCUGCAGAGGGACAGAAGACACUGACCUGUAUCACCACCUGUACUCUGACUGACACCCCCACCUACAUCUGGUACAAGAACGGACAACAUCUAGAUGAGAGCACCUCCCCCCAGUACAAAUACUCAGUCUCCAGUAACUAUGAAGACAGCUACUCCUGUGCUGUAAAAGGCCAUGAGGAUCUCCACUCUCCUGCAGUGUGUGUCCAGGGUCAGGACUGCAACAGAGUGACUUACACCAAGAGGACAAUCUGUGUGUUGAAGGGGUCAACAGUGAACAUAUCCUGUACUUAUGGCAGUGGUUAUGAUACUGUCACAUCAUCACUCUGGUUUAGUCCUAAACAGAGAUCUAGGUGGAGGGAUAAGUUGAUGCCUGAGGACCUAACCACAGACCCAGGGUACGCAGGUCGUGUGGAGUAUGUUGGAGAGAAGGAGAGAGGUCGCUCCACCCUGAGAAUCACAGAUCUGAGAAUCACAGAUCUGAGAGAGGAGGACUCUGCUGAGUACAAGUUCAUAUUCAACACACAGACAUCAGGAUGGGGACACAGUUUCCCUGGAACAACUCUGACUGUCACAGACCUGCAGGUGAAGGUGACUCCUGCCACAGAAGCAGGGAAGAGGACACUGACCUGUAUCACCACCUGUACUCUGACUGACAACCCCACCUACAUCUGGUACAAGAACGAUACCAUAGUAAAGGAGGACACUUCCAGCCUGAACUCGGACUCCUUUAGUGAUGUAGACAGUUACUCCUGUGCUGUAAAAGGCCAUGAGGAUCUCCUCUCUCCUGCAGUGUGUCAGAAGUGUUGGAGUGUGACUUACACCCAUCAGAGUAUCUGUGCCUUGAAGGGGUCAACAGUGGACAUAUCCUGCUCUUACACAUAUCCCAGUAAUCAUGAGAUCAAACAAGCUUUCUGGUUUACUAAAUGGUCUGGUAUGGAGGCUGAAGAUCUGAGCUCAGUGCCAGGGUAUGAGGGUCAUAUAGAGUACCUUGGGGAUAAGAAGAGUGACUGUACACUGAGGAUCACAGACCUGAGAUUGAGAGACUCUGCUGGGUUCAGGUUCAGAUUCAUAACAUCUGGAGGAAUGUUUUCUGGCUCACCUGUCUCCCUGACUGUCACAGAUGUUGUGUUGGAGAUGGAUCCUACAUCUGUGUCAGAGGGAGAGAGAGUCACACUGAGAUGUAGAACCAACUGUACACUGGACCCCAUCACAGCCUACAGUUGGUAUAAGAAUGGACAGCCUAUAGCAAACAGCAACACCUCCUCUCCUGUCUACAUCCUUUUCUCAGUCAGCAGUGAGGAUACAGGCAGAUACUCCUGUUCUGUAGAAGGACAUGAGGAUCUCCCCACUGCUGAAGAGACUCUCACUGUCAGAUAUGGUCCAUGGAACACCUCAGUGUCAGUCAGUCCCUCUGGUGAAAUAGUGGAGGGCAGUUCAGUGACUCUGACCUGCAGCAGUGAUGCCAACCCACCUGUGGACAAAUACACCUGGUACAAGAAGAACGUAACCUCCCCAAAAGCAUCAGGACAGAGGUACAGCAUCACUAACAUCAUCUCUGAGGACAGAGGAGAAUAUUACUGUGAGGCUGAGAAUAAAUAUGGACGUCUUAACUCUUCUUCUGUGUCUGUGGACGUUCAGUACGGCCCAAAGAACACCUCAGUGUCAGUCAGUCCCUCUGGUGAAAUAGUGGAGGGCAGUUCAGUGACUCUGACCUGCAGCAGUGAUGCCAACCCACUUGUGGACAAAUACACCUGGUACUUUCAAAAUGAGACUUUUCUAAAUGGAUGUGGACAGAUGUACAACAUCAGUAACUUCAAGUCUAAGGACAGUGGACAUUACCACUGUGAGGCCUGGAAUAGAAGAGGAUCUAGGAACUCUACAGCUCUGAUGAUCAUUAUACCAGGGAAACAGACCUCAGUUCUGACUGCAGCUGUAGGAAUCAUAGUGGUUGUUCUGGUUCUCAUCCUCUGUCUCUCUGGACUCAUGUGGUUCAGGAAGAAGGCCUCCAAAUCCACCUCUGACACAAGAGACACAUCAGAGAAUGUAGAGAGAGACUCUAGUCCAGUGUAUGAAAACGUCUCAAGCCUGUCCACAGCCCCUACUGCAGCACAGACAGAGUCCACAUACGACCAGGAUGAUGUCCACUACGCCAGCGUCCACUUCUCUCGCUCCAAAAACCAGGAAGUGCCUCUGUACUCCACCGUCCAGCUGCCUCAGCCCCAGAAAGAGGAUGAGGAUGUCCAGUACGAUGCUGUGAAAUUCAACCUCCCCAGUGCUGCCACCCUACCCACGGCAGCACAAGCAGCUGAGGAGGACUCUUCUGUUCUCUACAGUACAGUCAACAAACCUGAACCAAGAAGACCUGAACAUUACAAACCCAGAUCCAAGAAGAACUGAACACAAUAAACCCAGAACCAAUACGACCUGAACACAACAAACCCAGAACUAAGAACACCUGAACACAACAAACCCAGAACCAAGAAGAACUGAACACAACAAACCCAGAACUUCUAAUUAUGUGUGAAUACAUUGUACAUGCCGGUGGCCCCAUUGGGAAUGGAAGCCGUGCACCAUGCUCUACCAACUGAGACACAGGACUACUGUAUUCACACUUAGUUGGAGUGCUGAUCUAUGGUCAGUUUUAUAAACAAUGCUGUACUUGUCCUCUUGCUCAGUUGUGCACCGGGGCCUCCCACUCCUCUUUCUAUUCUGGUUAGAGCCAGUUUGCUCUGUUCUGUGAAGGGAGUAGUACACAGCAUUGUACGAGAUCUUCAGUUUCUUGGCAAUUUCUCUCAUGGAAUAGCCUUCAUUUCUCAGAACAAGAAUAGACUGACGAGUUUCAAAAGAAAGUUAUUUGUUUCUUGCCAUUUUGAGCCUGUAAUCGAACCCACAAAUACUGAUACUCCAGAUACUCAACGAGUCUAAGGCCAGUUGUAUUGCUUCUUUAAUCGGGACAACAGUUUUUAGCUGUGCUAACAUAAUUGCAAAAGGGUUUUCUAAUGAUCAAUUAGCCUUUUAAAAUUAUACACUUGGAUCAGCUAACACAAUGUGCCAUUGGAACACAGGAGUGAUGGUUGCUGAUAAUGGGCCUCUGUAGAUAUUCCAUAAAAAAUAUGCCGUUUCCAGCAACAAUAGUCAUUUACAACAUUAAUUAUGUCUACACUGUAUUUCUGAUUAAUUUGAUGUUAUUUUAAUGGACAAAAAAUGUGCUUUUCUUUUAAAAACAAAGACAUUUCUAAGUGAAAUUUUCAUUAAAAAAUAUAUACACUUAAUCAAAUUUAUGAGAUUAUAUAUGAACAUUAAAUCUUUUUUUCUAUUUUGUUCCUAUUCUAUUACAUUAUACAGUCCUGUACUAUUCUAUUACAUUAUACAGUCCUGUACUAUUCUAUUACAUUAUACAGUCCUGUACUAUUCUAUUACAUUAUACAGUCCUGUACUAUUCUGUUACAUUAUACAGUCCUGUACUAUUCUAUUACAGUAUACCUGUACUAUU